AUGGAUGUGGCGAUUGAUGGCGAAUGUUGUAGUACGUUUAUGGAUAUAAAAAGAAGCAUAUUUUGUUUCAGGACUACUCCACAGUUUCUGCUUGCGCACACAGCGAGCCUUCACUGCACGCUGGCGCUUGAGGCGAUAAAGAAUCGCGUCCAUAUCAAGCAUACGCGAUCACGCUUAGCCAGCUCUGUUACAGACUUGAAUGAAUACCUAUCCGGUGAGGCAUGCGAACUUUUAGUGCUCCAUUGUGAAAAAGCGCGGUCCGAAGCUAGGGUGAAUACAUUACGUGGUUUGCUCCAAGAACUGACCUCACGUGGCGGCAUUUUCAAAACAAAUGGAGAAGACAUAACGGACAAACAGACCACGAUUCGACAUAUAGCAACAACUGAUAAGGCAAUUGAAACCAAGAGAGACGAGUUAAAAAGGCUGCUCGCCUCCUUGUCUAUGACCGAGAGGAAAAUCAACAAUGUUAAGGAGUGUCUUGUUACGGUGUUUAAUAAUUUCCAGAAGGAUUCAUCGAUUACUGAUACUUAUCGAGGCAAAGGUAUUCAAGUGGACUUUCCUAAAGAGUCAAUAUCUACACUACGUCAAUUUUACGAGGAAAGACGUGAAAGACGCAGAAACAAGCCCGACCUAAGUAUGGAAUUCGAUGUAUCGGAUUACUCAUUCAGUGACGCUGUUGACAGCAAUCCAAGAUUUAUUGAUGAAUUAAAAAUAUACUUAAAGAAAUUUAACUUGGAAAAGAACAAAAAGCUAGUCUUAGAUAGCGGUGAAAAAAUCUGGAUAUUUGAGACAAUACAAUCACUGAUAAGCCGCCUCCAUUCACUCUGGUUGUCCGUUGAUGUCUCUUGCUCGCUCAUCUGUCCAGCUGUCGGCGUAAGGAGCUUAUGCCAUCUGGUGAACGACGUGAAAACUAAAGAAUUACUUGAGGGUGUUGUUAGGGAACUAAAUAACGCCGAGGUGAAAAAUAAUGUUGAAAUUGACAUAAACGGCAUGAUAGAGCAAGAAGCAGAAUUAAUUGACAAAAUUAAAAAGCGUAUUGCCGGUGACCUGACGACACUGCAACAAAGCGAAAAGACUUUAGAGCUGGGCCAAGAGAACUUGAAGUUUUGGGCUGACAACGAACUGAAGAAAUAUAUCUCCAAUAAUAGGACUGUCGAUGGAAAAACUUAUAAAGACUACGAGGCGUUUUACUUGGAAUGUCUUAGAUUGAAUGUGUGA